UUCUUAUUAUAGUCCAAAUGGAGAAGUAAGAACAAGACAGCCACAUAAGUUGAUUCGAGUUACUGUCAUUGUCUCUGAGUUCAUUUACACAUCGUUCAUCUCAUCGUCAUCAAAACAAUUUUCUUCUUGGGACCAUAUCAAGAUCACCAACAAUACAUCAACAUGAAAGGCCUCAUCCUCGUGUUGUACAGCAUAAAAAUCCUGGGUGCACUAUUGUGUGGAGCUAAAAGCAUCACAGCACCUCCUACAAAUAAUUCCGACUCUGCCACUGUUUCAACUUCUGAAGUUACAUCCACCACUGCCAGUGUCAUGUCUAGCACCGGCAACCUGAUAACCACUGGGUUAACAACAAAAGUCUCCCAAUUCUCCACUAGGAGCACCACCACAUCUAGCCUGCUGCACACCACACCUGGCCUGCUGCACACCACCAUAAGUGCCAAUAAGAUUUUCAGGAAGGAAUGUCAUCCAAUAUUGAUUGUCUCUGGCGGACUGAUCGUAUUUUGUGCCAUUCUGCUAGUUUCUACUUUGUUGCUGGCGUGGAAGGUGUGUCAGUUGAGCAGACGCAUCAAGGCGCUGAGCAGCAACGCUGACCUGAUCUGCUACUCUGAACCCUUGAUAGAAAAUGCCAAGACGGACAAAAGCAAGUCAGAGACGGACGCCAAAGAGACCAACAUGUUAAUGACUGACGUUGUUCAAACACAGGAGGAGGUGGGAAAUGGCACCACCAAGGAAGAAGGAGGGAUUGUAAACAAGGAUGGACAAAUGGGAGAGGAGAAGAAGGAGGAGGAGGGAGCCAACAAUGAGGAAGCUUCAACCACACCUGAAACCGUUGCUGAAAAUUCAUCCUCCUCAAAACCACAAGAGGAGGCCCAGGCUACUAAAGCUGUGGCAGCUCCCUCCUCUCAGGGCACAGAGGAACCAAAGGAUGUGGUCUAGAGUUGUGUGUGUGUGUGAAGCCAAAGAGUUUCCUAAGCAACUGCAUUCACUUCCUUAUAUCUUUACAACCACCUUACUUUAAAUAGAGGAUACUUUUUUCAGCAGCUUUUUCUCUACAGUCAGUAACAACUAUGUGUGCCAAGUCUCUCAAACUUAGCACUGAGCGUUUCUUUUCUUUCUUUCAUUUUUUUGGUUAUAUAAUACAAUUGGUUGUAUUUCUCUGUUAUUUGUGUAUUUUGAAUAUUAAAAUAUAUAAAUAUAAAAAUA